CUUUUUCGUCGAUUAGGAAUGUCGAUAUUUUUCAUGAUCCGGGUGUGGUCUCUUGACAAAAAGAAAGACUGUUUUGUCGAAUAAAGAAAACCCGAUCAGUUCUCAUCUAGUCAAAGAAGUUUUCCUUUUUUUUGCUUUCUCCGGAGAAAGAUAUCUGUACCGAAAAGCUUUUACUUUUGUUUCUCGUGUUGUUCCAAGAAAGCUAAAAACAUCUGGUUGACAACAAUCAUCAUGUCGUCCGCCUCCGGCUCCAAGAAGCCGGUGAACUGCAUUGUGGCACAAUGCCCUAACCGCGGCAUCGGGAACCAGGGACAGCUCCCUUGGGCCAAGCUGCCGGAGGACAUGAAGCGCUUCAAAACGAUAACCAUGGCGACGAAGGGGAAAGAGAAGAAAAACGCGGUGCUGAUGGGCAGGAAAACCUGGGAAAGCAUACCGGCAAAGUACUACUUAUUGUGGAGACGCGAAUAAAACAUUUAGAUUUACUGGUUCUUGAAAAUUCCGUAUGGUUGUAUAAUUUCUCACCGGCUGCCGUGAUAGAAGUUUGUCAUGCACACAUCAACCAAGUGACACUAAAACUCCAACUUCUAUCAUCUCCAUAACAGGUUCCGCCCGCUGGACGGCCGUCUGAACGUCGUUUUGACCUCCGACAGCGAGGGGUUUACGCAGGCCUGCGAGGGAAAAGCCGUCGCCAAAGCGUCCUUUUCUGACGCGGUAGCGUACUGCGAGGAGGACAGCUCCGUCGAGUCAAUUUUCGUGAUUGGCGGGGAGAGAGCGUUCACGGAGGGCAUGGCGUUUUACAGCAACAUUUAUCUCACCCGCGUCGGCAAGCAGUUCGACUGCGACGUGUUUUUUCCCCAGAUAAAUCUCGAAGAAUUCAAGCCGGUAGAGGUGUCCAAGACGAAGAGCUACGACGAAAUUCCGUAUCAUCUAUUUAUUCUAAUGCUUUAUUUGGUUCUUGAUCGCUUGUUCAAAGUUUUUCAUCCUUAGUCAUGCGAUACGAGGAGUGGGCAAGUGCAUGUGAAUGUAUAAUGUGAUAAAAUUUGGAAACUGAGUCCGCUUUUCUCAUUGAGUUUUAUGAAACAAAAAAGCUUUGACUUCGUCAAGUACGUGCGGGUCCCGGCCGCCGAGGAAGCGGGUGGGGAGUCAAUACCCGCCGCUAUCGUGGACUCAAAGCAGAUGCUGCAUGAGGAGUUGCAGUACUUGGACAUGAUUAAAGACAUCGUAGAAUCCGGUGACUUCCAGGAGGACCGCACCGGCGUCGGCACCUACAGCAAGUUUGGCUGCCAAAUGCGCUUUUCUCUCAGGGACGGCGUGUUCCCCUUGCUGACCACGAAAAGGGUACUGAAUGAGUCGUGACAAUGGUCUUCGGUGCGCUUUUUCUGCAUACGGAGGUUCUAGAUAAAGUAGAGGAAGAGGUAGAGUGUAGCGAACAACCUGUUGCAUGAAUGAUGAAUUUUACUAUUAUGUAAGCGGAGUUUUUUGAACUGCGCAUACACAUUUUAUAUCCCAAAAAUGAUUCCAACCUUCAGGUUUUCUGGCGCGGCGUGCUGGAGGAACUGCUUUGGUUUCUUCGGGGCGACACCAACGGAAACCAUUUGUCGGAAAAGGGCAUCAAGAUCUGGGACGGCAACGGCAGCCGCGAGUUCCUCGACAAGCGAGGUUUGGGCCACCGGGAGGUUGGCGACUUGGGACCGGUGUACGGGUUCCAGUGGCGACACUUUGGGGCGGAGUACAAGGACAUGCACACUGACUACGCGGGGAAGGGGGUCGAUCAGGUCGCGGAACUGAUCAAAACGUUGAAAACCAAUCCCGCGGACCGCCGAAUGAUCAUCACAGCGUGGAACCCCGCGGCUUUGCACGAGAUGGCGCUCCCGCCCUGCCACAUGUUCGCGCAGUUCUACGUCAGCAAGGGGGACGAGCUCAGUUGCUUGCUGUAUUUUCGUACUUUCAGUAGAAGUUCGUCUUCGUUGUCUCUGGUGUUUUUACUGAAUAUUUUUCGAUGCGCUAUGAUCUUCAUCUUAUUGGUCACGAAGCGAAAAUUAAAUUUCAGUCUGUCAGCGACAUUUGGAAAAAGAGAAGUGCGUCAUUGUUUUGCAUGAAGAUGUUGAUGUCAACAUUUGUACCAGGUACCAGCGCAGUUGCGACAUGGGUCUGGGUGUUCCAUUCAACAUUGCGAGUUAUGCGGCACUGACAUACAUGAUCGCGCAAGUCACCGGCCUGAAACCGGGCGAGUUUGUGCACAGCAUGGGCAACACGCACGUCUACAGCAAUCACGUUGAACCGUUGAUGAAGCAGCAGGUGGACCGGUUGCCGCGACCCUUUCCCCUGCUAAAACUGAACCCCGACGUGAAGGAAAUCGACGACUUCAAAUUCGAAGACUUCACCAUCGUCGGGUACAACCCGCACCCUAAAGUAGCGAUGGAAAUGGCGGUGUAG